UAAUAUGUCCAUUCUAGAUUUUCUUUAUUUUGGGCUCUGUCUAGAGAGAGAAACUUAAACUUAAAAGUAGAGAGAGAGAGUCAGAGAGUUGGAGUUUGUGAGAGAGAUCUGAUAAAUAAAAACAAAAGGAAAAAAGAUUUAAUUAAAGUGAGAAAUGGGUAGUUUUUGUUUUGGAGUUUAGUGAGUUGGGUUAUGGCUUAAAUGGUCACUGACUCACUGAUUCAAUUUCAACAAGCUCAUCCCAUAUUUAUAUAUAACUUAAACUCUGUUCUUCUGCUUCUCUUUAUGCUUAUGCUUAAGUGAAAAAAAUUAAUAAUGUUUGAUUAGUGUCUCUCUCUGCAUGGAAAUAUAUAUAUACUUACUUACUUACUGUCUCACGUUCUUCAAAAAUUCUGCCUUCUUUUAAUUCAACUAUGAGUUUUUAGAGGCUUUUCUAGAGAGAGAUUGGGAAAUUUUCAUCAGUGUAAUUGGAGAUAUUUUCAAUGUUUUUUUGAGUAAAUUAAUUUUCAAUCUUUGAUCUAUAAAAAGUCUGUCUACAGUUUGAUUUUUAGUUAGAAAAAAAGCAGAUUUUUUCCUUGCUCAGUGUUUGUUUCACUUAAGAACAGCAGCAAAAGCAAAAGGAACCCAGUUGGCCACCGCAACAACCACCGUGUCAGCCGCCGGAAAAAGCUAUGAAAGAGGCGGAGAAAAGCUUGGAUCCACAGCUAUGGCAUGCCUGUGCCGGGAGUAUGGUUCAGAUCCCUUCAAUUAACUCAAAAGUUUUUUACUUUCCUCAAGGCCAUGCUGAGCAUUCUCAAUCCCUUGUUGAUUUCCCUUCAAGAGUCCCUUCUCUAAUUCUCUGCCGGGUCGCCGGAGUUAAGUACCUCGCCGAUUCAGAAUCCGAUGAGGUUUAUGCUAAAAUUAGUCUUUUUCCGUUACCAAGUAACACUCUUGAUUUUGGUGAUGAAAUUGGUUUGUCUGAUAAUGGUAAUACUAUUCAUAGUGUUAAUGGUAGUAAUACUACAGAAAAGCCUAGUUCUUUUGCUAAGACAUUAACUCAGUCUGAUGCUAAUAACGGCGGUGGUUUUUCUGUGCCGAGAUAUUGUGCUGAGACUAUUUUUCCUCGGUUGGAUUACUCGGCCGAUCCGCCUGUUCAGACGGUUGUUGCUAAGGAUGUUCAUGGUGAGAUUUGGAAGUUUAGGCAUAUUUAUAGAGGAACACCAAGAAGGCAUUUGUUAACUACUGGUUGGAGUACUUUUGUUAACCAGAAAAAGUUGGUUGCUGGUGAUUCAAUUGUGUUUUUAAGAGCUGAAAGUGGCGAUCUUUGUGUCGGAAUUCGCCGUGCUAAGCGGGGAAUUGGCGGCGGAAAUGGGCCGGAGUCUUCGCCUCCGUGUGGAUGGACGACAAAUUCUAGCUGUGUUAACAACCCUUAUGGUGGUGGAUUCUCACUUUUCUUGAAAGAAGAUGAGAAUAAAGGGUUAUUGAGAAAUGGAGGAGGAGGAGGAGGAGGAUUAAGAGGGAAAGGACGAGUCCGGGCCGAAGAAGUUAUCGAAGCCGUGGGGCUUGCUGCCAGUGGACAGCCCUUCGAAAUUAUUUACUAUCCGCGAGCAAGCACACCGGAGUUUUGUGUUAAGGCUUCUUCGGUUAGGGCUUCUACGAGGAUCCAGUGGUGCUCAGGGAUGCGGUUUAAGAUGGCCUUCGAGACAGAGGAUUCAUCGAGAAUUAGUUGGUUCAUGGGUACCAUUGGUUCUGUUCAAGUUGCGGAUCCAAUUCGAUGGCCUAAUUCUCCGUGGCGCCUUCUUCAGGUGACGUGGGAUGAACCGGAUUUGCUGCAAAAUGUAAAACGCGUAAGUCCGUGGCUGGUUGAAUUGGUCUCGAAUAUGCCAGUCAUUCACCUCUCACCCUUUUCACCUCCGAGAAAGAAGUUGCGACUCCCGCCACAUUUAGACUUCCCCCUCGAUGGGCAAUUUCAGUUGCCUCCGUUUUCAGGCAACCCCCUCGGGCCUAGCAGCCCCAUGUGUUGUCUUUCCGAUAACACUCCUGCAGGCAUACAGGGAGCCAGGCAUGCUCAAUUUGGAAUAUCUUUAUCAGAUCUCCAGCUUAACAACAAACUACAGUCAGGGCUAUUUUUGUCCAGUCUUCAGCGGUUAAAUUCGCAUUCUCGAAUUUCCGACAGUUAUAUCAAAAGCCACACGAACAGCACUGAGAACAUAUCCUGUUUGCUGACAAUUGGGAACUCGAAUACAAAUUCCGAGAAAUCUGAUAACGUAAAGAGGCACCAAUUUGUACUCUUUGGUCAGCCAAUACUCACUGAACAGCAGAUUUCUCGUAGCUGUUCUACUGAUGCAGUCUCUCGAGUUUUUAGUACGAAACUAUCAUCUGAUGAGAGUCUGGAAAAAUCAAAAGCUCAUGAAGUUUUAGGACCUGCACUACUCGAGAAACAUACUUCACCGGAAAAGUCGACCAGUACCGGCUUAUCAUGGCAGAGUCUUCAAAGCACUGAAAGCGGCUUGGAUGCCGGUCACUGUAAGGUUUUCUUGGAAUCCGAGGACGUGGGUCGGACACUUGACCUAUCUGUUUUUGGUUCUUAUGAAGAACUGUAUAGUAAGCUAGCCAACAUGUUUGGAAUAGAAAGAUCCGAGAUGUUGCGUUAUGUGCUGUAUCGAGAUGCAGCAGGCGCUCUUAGACAAACCGGAGACGAGCCAUUCAGCGUCUUUAAGAAAACCGCAAAAAGGUUGACAAUUCUGAUGAAUCCAGCUAAGGGUGACAACAAUAUCGGAAGGCCGUGGAUCACAGGGAUGCGGAGCGCGGAAAAUGGUCUAGAGGCUUCAAAUAAGACAGAGACAUUGAGCAUAUUUGCUUAAACGCAGCGGUUACGAACACGAGAGUAGAUGCUAACUAGCAUAAAAAAACUAGAUAUUCAAGUGUUUGCAGUUUUUAAUGUUCCAUAGUUAGGAGAAACAGGCUAUUGAACUCCAAAUAUAUAUCAAAGCCAAUCUCUAGAUGUAUUUUUUUUACUAGCACUUGUGUUUUAUUGUAUGAACGUUUCGGCUAAUAUAAAUUUUGCCGAUGUUUUGCUA